AUGUACAAAAAGAGUGGUUCUCCAGACGUAUUAAUCGCCAGAAAAAUUGGAAACCGACUCCAAGUCCCAAAAACCAGUAAUUAUUAUGGAAGAGUUACCGCUGGAAGAGGAAAAGCCACCUUUGUACUAUGGUACAUCGCUGAAAGCGACGAAAGGACAUUUGAAUGCAAGGUUUACUUCUCGUCAGUAUCCAACCCCUGGAUAAUGAGUGCUGUUAAGCUUAUAGUGGUUGGUAAGUCUUCGACUAUAGUUAUCAUGGCAAUUACUGCAGUCAGCGACAAUAUGCUAAAAACAGCAACAUUUCUCCUUCUCCAUAUAUAUUAAAAUCUUUCUUUAAUUUGGCUCGCCGCCUCAAUAUUCUCCCCCUCAGCCAUACAUCUUGUUCGUUUCCUCCUUCCCCUUAAAAUGUUGUGUCCCACUUGUUUUGAUUACGACGAAUGGUUAUAAGGAGCAAGAAUAAAUGGAAAUGUUCGCUUGUAUUAAUCAGAUACUCGACCGUGACUUUUUUUCUCCUUUUCAUUAGCUAAAAAAAGGAAAAAUUGACGACUGUCUUGAUAUUAGAUAGUGUACAAAACUCAAGUGAUAUUUACCUCAGUUUAUCUCUACUCCUGUAAAGUUAAACCGAAGAUCAUACUUAGGACAACUCAAGCCGUCGUGCUGACAGAAGGAAACACCAGAACGUUGCUAUGUGUUGCCAGUGGCAACCCUAAACCAUCUUACACGUGGUAUAAAAACAACGUUAAGGUUCAGGAAGAUCCCAACAACUCCAACUACACAUUAACAUCAGCCAACAGAUAUCAGACAGGCAUGUACCGAUGUGAAGCUGUUGUCACUGCCCCUGCACUGGGUCCAUAUAAGGCUGACUAUAACGUCAGUGUCACAGUAAGAUGUAAGUACGAGACAUUCGGUUUUGUUUAAUCAGCUUUAUUAGCCUCAACAUGGAAUUGAUUUUCUAAAAUUUACUGUAGUAUUCCAGCUGCAUUCUCCAAUGAUACAUUUUGGAUCCACUCAGCCACGGGAAGCUUUCACGUUGUCUAUGAUGUUCUGACAGCCACUGGUCACAGAACUUCUUUUGUCUUGAUGGGCAAUCUGUCGAUGGAUGUAGCCCCUUCUCCCUACGAAAUUAACGAGCUUAAGACCAUAUUUUGGGUCUUAUAUCAGUUCUUGCUUUCAAAUUUUGGUUUUGUUCAAUAUCUCAACUGUAAAGUGUUAUGGCUUCUGACAGUUGUUUAUAAGCUUCAUCUUAUAACGGAACAGAAGUAAAAGGAAUCUAAAGCCUUUUGGAAUAAUCAAAUAGAAGUCAUACUUACAGAUUUCAUUUAAAACGAAGGUUUUUUUAAAAUUAAAUUUCUUUUUUCAGACAAGCCCCAACAUAAGGUUAACAGUUUGGAGCGCAACGAAACCGUUUAUUUGGGGCGUGAUGCUAUGUUUUAUUGUCGAACAGAAGCAUUUCCUAUUGCAAUCCAGUACAGCUGGUUUAAGGAUGACUUCCAGAUUUCCAAUUCAAGGGAUUACACGAUUGAUAAUUUUGGUUUUGGUGAGAGCAGACUAACAGUGAAGCAAGUUGAAAAAAGUAGCGUUGGACGAUACUCUUGCUACGGAAAUAAUGACGUUGGAAAUGGGAAGAAGAAAUCAGUUUUCUUAACUGUCCAUUGUAAGUUUUUAACUGAUGGAUGUCCUUUUCUCUUUGAGAGGUAUCCACACCUUAAAUACAUGCUAUUUAAAUGAUGAAUAAAGGAUACAAUAGUUAUGUUAAGAAAAUGGAGAGGAAAAGCGUAGAGCCACCAUUUAACAGCAGACUUAACUGACGCACAAACAAGCGAAGUAAACAGAUCGAUAUCAUUCAAGAAUUUAUAGCACAUGGCAACGAUGAUAUCUAUCAAGUUUUGUUAUCAUGAUGUUAUUACGAUAAGCUCCCCUGCUGCACGGUCAAGAAGUGAAUGAGCAAAGCUUUAAUUACCAUCCUGUUGAGAUCAUAACAAGAAAAGUUGUACUUGAAUAAACUGAUGCCUGUUUACCAUACGUUUUCCCUAUAUGGAUCCUAACAGUUCUUUUAUAUGCGUUGUAGAUGCUCCUCUUCAAAUAACUUUGACACCAGAUCCAGCAGUUGUUAGACUCAAUAAAACUAUGAUCCUGGCUUGCCAAGCAGACGCUCUUCCAUUACCUCGAUACUCGUGGAUGUUCAACGGAAAAUCUCUGACUAAAGCUGUUUAUAACACCUUAGAGCUAACCAGUGCGCAAGUAAAUGAUGCAGGAAACUACACAUGCGUGGCAGAAAACUUUUAUGGACGGAAAAACACGACAAGAGUUGUUAAAGUAGAAUGUGAGUUGUAACUGCAGUAACGCCUUUGCCUUAGCAUGGCACAAAACUUGCUGAGGGUUUGCUCCAUGAUAUACUCGGAUAUAUUAUCUGGCCGAGCAGAAGGAUGGACAUUAGCGUUACGAAAGCCUUACAAACUGACCUGAGACUGCAAAUGCGCUUUUUUUUAUCACCAUAAACCCAAUUCGAAGUAAUAACAACUUUGCACAUGAUUUGAGCUUUACAUGUGAUUGGUGUUCAUGGUGGCGCGAGUUUUCAAAACCAAUCACAGAACCGAUUGAAACAAAACCCAUGAUUUCUUUUACUAGUUUCUUAAAAACUGCUAUUACAAUUGUCCGCUAGUUAGUCUUUGAAAUCGAUUUUAUGGUGAAACUCUAAAAAGACCUCGGUGGGUCUUUUUUUUUUCAUGGAAAUGACAGCUUUGUACAGCCCUUCUCCUUUUACUAAGUGACACUUUAACUCACAAGAUAUAUCAGUACUUCGUAUAAUUCUUUUUCACUUUGUUAAUCAGAUGCACCUGCCGUUCAAACAUUUACUACCGGAACUCCUAAAAACACUGUAAUUCAAGGAACAACAGUAGAGGUCACGUGCAGCGCAAAUGGUUACCCUGCGCCAACGUUCACCAUUAAAAGAGGAAAUGAAAUCGUUAACAGUACGGGAGGGAGAUUUGUAAUACGUAACAUACAGCUCAAGGAAGAGGAUGCCAUGUACACCUGUGAGCCAAAUAAUACGAUAGGAACAGGUGCUAAGAGAGAAUUGAAGAUUACAGUGCAAGGUUAGUACCAUUGCCUUUUUUUCGGUAAAGCAAUAUUGGUUAACGUUGUAGAGCAGAUGAGGUUCAUUUUGAUGCUUUGACACGCACUUUUGAUUGAACUUGUGACUGUAUAGAUGUAUUUCUUUAGUCCUUUCUUUUGAACUUAGGUAAGUUCAAAGAGCUAAUUUUCUUUCUUUUAGUGCCCAUUAGGCCUACCUUCUAGGAAGGCUGUAGGCCAGGGUCUAACCGUUGAAUUUCGAUUUGAACGUAAAAGCUUUCGAUCGUUCUCACAUAUGCGUUUUACUCAUAAGAUAUCCGGCAUAUCCUUUGAAGAAGCAUGUAAAUUGAAAUUAAAAAAAAAAGGAAAGAGGGAAGAAAAAAAAAACAAAUGAAAAAGAAAGAAAAAGAGACAAAGACAAAAACUGAUGUAACCUUAUACCAUCAGACACGAAAGGAGUUGGUAUAUCCAUUACACAAUAGGAAGUGCAAGUUUUGAAUACAAAUACGUUUUAUACACAUUUAAUACAUUUACCUAUUCUUUUAAUUUCCUAUCCUCUCCCAGGCAUGUCAAUUGACUUGUCUAGAAACUCUUUUCCAACCAAUUCCUCCUUUUGUCACAAUUUUGGCAUCGGCAAGAGCUGUUCAUUAACCCCGCCCUCUGCACUUUCAUCCCACAAUGAUUUAUACCACAUUACUCUACAACUAUACAACAGUAGGCACAUGCAGUCAUAGACUGCAUUUUAUUUAUUCUCUGUUUCCCCUUUAAACUCUGCAGAGCGGCAAAUAAUUAAAUAUCAAAUGACAAAAAACUACUACACCAAGUGACUUUGAUUAAUCUCUCCACAGUUUCUCCGACAUUUUCUAGAAAAUUUCCAGAUUCCAAAAAGACCAAAAAGAGGGAAGGUGACAGAGUGUCUUACCUAUGUGUAGCUGAAGGCAAACCAGCACCAAACAUUACAUGGAAUUUUAAAGGAAAGAAUCUUACCGAUGAACCACCUUUCGUUAUCCAAACCACUGUUCUGGUAUCGUCUGAUAAACUUAAGACGACUCAGUCAAGCCUUGCCAUCGAAGAAGUAACUUGGAGAGAAGGUGGUACUUUCUCCUGCCUCGCAUUUAAUGAUGCUGGUCAAAAGAUACAAUCCACAGAACUGGAAGUCGAGUGUAAGUUCGAAUCACUCAGUGGGAAGCAAUAGGGACCAUUUCCGACCCAAUGCUACUGAGUUGUUUAGACUGUAGGACAGGCAAAAUUCCUGUGCCUUUUCAGGCGAACAGAGACAAACGUAAGGAGAGCGAUAAGAGUGAAUCAUACUAUGGGAGAGCGUUGCACUUUUUGAACGUUUCUCGCCUGUUUUUCAGCUUACGUUAGGGGUUGGGGUAGUAAAGGGAAGUUUAGCCUGUGCCAUGUCCUUGGAUAUAAAGAUGAUCAAAAGGGGGAUGGGGACGACAGAAAACGGCAUACAAGGCAAGGCAGAUGGGAUGCCUAUCCAUUCAUGGAAACCUUUUAGCAAUUCCGACUGUACCCAUCUACACACCCGUGUCGGGAGAGGAAAUAUGAAAAUUGUCACAACAAACAGGAUCCCGUCAGGGCUUGAGGUGGAUCUCUCCAUCCGUUGUUCAGCGUAAUAAUCACUAUGCCACUAUUAAGUCCGCUGUUGAAGCCAUGUUCACACAAAUAACAUUGUUGUUGCAGUUUUUGCUUUUGACCGGGUGACGAGGCGAUAGUUUCAGUCGCUUAUUACCUGUUGAUUUUUUCUUCAGAUCGACCAGUUGUUCAGUCUUUGGCGGAUCACCCCAAAAAUCUUACUGUGGACGAGGGAAAAAAUGCAACUUUUUUUUGUAGAACAAAGGGUUAUCCACCUACAAUUUCUCACAAGUGGCAGUUUAACGGUGCCACAAUUUCCGGAGCUAACUGCUCUGCGUGUCCAUCAAUGACUUUCACAAAAUAUGAAGUCAAUAAAAUUGACUCAGGAUGGUAUUCCUGUUCUGGAAGUAACAAUUUGGGUGAAGGUCCUUAUGCAAGAGCUUAUCUAACAGUAAAGUGUAAGUGAGAAUGCGUUGCACAUAUUCGUGCCUGUACUGUUCAACAGAACGAAGAAAUAACUUACAUAACUUCGAACCGACAUCUUUUGUAAAACUGUUAAUCGGAGCCAUGUAGUAUACCGAGAACUUUUUUUUUUUUUUUUUAAACAAAAAAUGAACUUAAUAAGAAAGAAGAAGAAAAAAACAGUUUACAUCAAGCCAUUUUGGUUGCCUGUCAUAGGAACAUUAACGUUCAAUUUUCUAUCACCUAUCAAAGUCUCUUUGACAUCUAUAGGCAGAUAAACUUAUUUUCUGCAUUUGGACAUCUUUCUCUUUAGUUCUUAUUUCGUACACAUGAACUGUCGUGUAUGUAUAGGAAAAAAAAUAGAAUCAGAAUGAACUUUAGCCAUCUGUAUUUCAUUCUUCAUCGUUGCCCCUUUAGAUCAGUUAUAGGCGGCUAGUAAUGGUUCGUGUGUAGACAUAACGCUCAGUUUGCAAUCUGUUUCAUGCCAGUCUCUCAGUUCCCUUUUAUAAUAGUUCUUUUUCCAUUUUGGUGUUCAUUUCUUACAGAAAUAAUACGUAUUGGUUUCCACCACAUUGUACAUUAGAUCUGCAUGUUCAUGGUAGAAUAACUGAAAGGAUAACACUAUUUCCACCUUUAAAUUGUGCACUACAUCCUUUCAUAGAUCGUCCAACAAUUAUCUCCUUACGAGAGGUGUAUACAGUAAACGAGACCGGAAAUGUUUCGAUGUUGUGUCGAGCAGAUGGCUUGCCAAAACCUACAAUAAUCUGGAGAAAGAAAGGCAGCGGUGAGGUUCUUGCAAAUGGUGAACAGUUUCAUCUCCUUAACGCCCAAAGCACUGAUGAUGGUUCGUAUUCUUGUACUGCAAGCAAUUACCUAGGAGAGGACACAAAAGAGGUCAUGUUGAAUGUUCAAAGUAAGUUAUUUGUGUGGUUCGUUGAACCUUGUACUGUAAUAAUAGAAAGAAGAGAAAACACAAAGUAUUCAGGCUUCGAAAGGGUUUAACUUGUGCAGUACAGAUACCAGUAAGGCGCUUUCACUAACUGAGCUACUCAGUUACACGUUGGGAGCGAGUCAAGGUAAAAAGUUUUUUUAAAAUCUAAAGGAAAUUAUGAAAGUAUUUCUCAUAAAAUAUCAAAUAAUACCACUAAAUAUUUAGAUACUGAUAGAAGAUUUCCAUACCAAGGCAUCAGAUUUUCAAAAUGUUACCCGCAUCCCUGAACCUACAUCUUCAAACAAUCUCCACUCGCGGUAGACGAUAGCAGACCUCACUCAUUUACAUUGGGAAUCACUGUUGUGUCAGAUGUACGUAUUUCAUAGUCGUGUGUAUAGUUAAACAAACUGUGAUGUCUAUGUUUAAUUAGGAAGCGAAAUAAAAAGGUUAUUCCAAACUUCUGAGUUAGGGCUCAUUGAUAUGGCCUGUUAAACGCAAAAUUCACUUUUGUUAUGUCUUAAAGUUAUUGUAAAAAUGAUUAAACACAUUCCAGUGGAAAAUGGGAAAAUUUACGAUGCGUAGAUUUGUACAGCUGUGUAUUCACGUACAGGUCCUGUCCAGCCAAUGCAAGAGGAACUUAAGAGGAAACUUAAAAUUUAAGAACCUCCUCUACGCGUGGUUAAAAUUACAUAUCAGCAAAACAAAGUGCGAUGUUGAUUUUGUUACAGCGCACCCAAAGAUCAAGAUCUCCAGCUCUGCAGACACAGUGAUACCUGGAAAUAAAGGAGACGUGGUGACCUUAAUUUGUACCUUCAGCGGCAAACCGCUUCCUCGUCCAUCAUGGAGAAGGCAACUUAAUGGGACGGAUCUGGGUGUAUUUAAUGGUUCUUACGUGAAAAACAUCUCUCAGAAGUACAACUCCUCUUUCCUGAACGUGAUUGUCAACAACACUGGUGAACAUUUUUAUUGUGUGGUUUCAAACCUUCUCGGAAGUGACAACUUAACAUAUACCAUACGAAGAAGAGGUACGUGAAAACGAAAUCUCUGCAUACUAAGAUUAGUUAUAACGUUUUUCACUCUCACUCUUUAAUUUCCUUUAUUCCUAAAAGGCCAACAUAAUUUGACUCAUCAAAUUUGUCUAAGAUCUUGCACUGCUGUAUAUUGCUGUAACUGGGAAUCAUUAAAGAAAACAACGUAUUAUUUUAUUGACAGGUGUUCCUGAUCCUCCAAGUGAUGUGAAACUUUCAGCUUUUAAGGUAGCUGAUGCUAAAACUGUGAGUGUGAAUGUCACCUGGACACCUGGAUAUAGUGGAGGAUAUGAACAAAAAUUUUCAAUAUAUUUUCGCGUGAAAGGAAGCGACAGUAACUUUGUUGAGAAAUAUGUUGGACACUCAGAGGACAACUUGUACACCAUACAAGGACUUAAUCCUAAGACCGAGUAUGAAUUUACUGUGCAGGCUUCCAAUAUAGCUGGCCUCAGUCAGAAGUCAACUUUAGUCAACGUUGUGACGCCAGGUAACCUUGUUCAGACAAUUUUGCGUUUUGGAUAUCUACCUUUGAUUUAGUUUUGAUACAGUUUUUUGCACUUUUUCUUAGAAUCCUCAAUACCAGCCAACAGAGGAAAAGGUAUGUUGAUUUCUCCCAGCCUGUAGUCUGUGUUCUAAACAAUUAAAUGUCUGUCAGAGUAGACCGAUAUCUUUGAUUCAGUGAGAGACUACUUCUGAAAAAAAUCGCGAGUAUUGUUUUCCAAAGAUAACCCCCUACAACAUUUGCUCGUAUUUCUCGGAAAUUGUCCAAAAUGCACGCGGAUUUGCUACACAUUCGAUUCUCGUCAGAGAUUAGAUUAAAUGUACUGUUCAUACUGAGCCAACCUUUCGGUAUGUAAAUAUCUGAUCUCGGUCUUCCUAAAAUAUGCGGUAACUGUUAAUCUAUAUUUGCUGUGUCAUUUCUACAGUCAACGCAACAAGAAACCCAGAUGACGCCUCGCUGAUAUUGGUUGAGUGGACAAUAGAAGACAAAGUUGUCAGAAGAUUAAAUCUUGAAAUCCAGGAGGGUGGGAAUGGUGACUGGAAGCCUGUUUCUGGAGCAAGUAACAUGAGUACCUCCAUAAAAAGAUUCACAGUAGGAGAUCUCAGGGUUGAGGAGGUAUACAGAUUCAGAAUGGACAUGAGAAGGCCAAGGGAGCAGAGACCUGUGUAUGUUUUUAGUGACGUUGGUACGUACGUAUCAUAGUAAAGAAAUACGAAAGUAUUAGAACAUCAUUCAAAAAUUUUAACUCGUGAAGCUGUGUGAAGAAAAACGCCUGUAAAACUUAAAACAGGUCAAAAUGAACCGAAUGAAAAUCGUUACCUCCUUGAAAAAGGAUAUGAGUUUCGGUUGAUUUUACCAUUAAACUCCCCGCGUCAUAAGUUUAGAAUUUUUGGCAUUGUUAAUCUUGGAAAGAGCAAAAAGGUAGGUAUCGUUUUUAGAUAACUAUGCGGGCAAUGUAAAGAUCAAAUGGUAGCUGAUGGUGAUAAAGAUACCAAUCAUAAUAGUCAAUAUUCAUAUCAGAGUAUAAAAUUACACUUCUUAAAUUUAGAAUACAUUCCCAUGAUCCUGUCAAUACUCUUAAUUUCAAUUUUUCAUUGAAAUAUUUUAAUUAUGGGGCAUCAAUGACUUUGCAACAGCAUGUUUUCCGGAUGUCAGGAACAAAACAAAACAAAAUCUCUACUUCUUAAAUGGGGAGGAACCUUGUUUUUCUUAACAUUGUGCUAAAUUUAUGUGAACGAACCUCUCUUUUUCUCUCUCAGUACCAGCCGGUCAAAUUAGCCCCAUACCAGAGAAGAGAGAAAAAAAGGUGUUUCUCUUCCCAACAUGGAUGAUUUCUGUUAUUGCCGGUAGUUCAGGAGCAUUACUUCUUCUCGUUCUUGUUCUCUGCCUUUGUCGCUGUAGGCGUCGUCGUAAAACAGUUGAUGAAGGCAAGUAACUGCCAACAGUUUCUCUUUUUCGACCAGUCAGUUUGCUUGCAUUUUACGUUUGAGAUUUGAAGGAUUUAUAUUUCUAUAUGUUGCUUUAAAUUGAGGGUCAUCAGCAUCUGGCUUUAAAUUGAACCAGGCGUUCAAAGUAAAGACGAUAGAAAUUUGAAAUACUAAAAAUUCUUUUUAAACUUUCUUAUAAAUGUUAUAAAAAUGUCAAGAAAUUAGAGUUUGGGUAUUACAAUUUAUUAUCUAAUUUGUUUCUUUUAGUAUAUUUUGUGGUGUGAGUUUUUUUGUAUUUGAGGGUUUUACGUAAUCUCCUCAAUUUUGAAAAGUUUACUUGAAAGGAAAAAUGAGAGUUCAAACAUUCGCUCUAAUGCUGAUGUUCCGUUUCAGCAAAGUUUUUAAACUUCAUGCCUUUGAAUUUGACGCUUAUCAAAUUUGCACCGUUCCUCAUUAUGAAUUUUGUCUUCUUUCCUGUUAUAGUUGGAAAAGGAAAAAAGAAUCCCACUUCAAGGUAUAAAAACUUAUCAAGCUAUAGUGCACUUCUAAUCAAGAAAAUAUAAUAAAAUAGCAUGAUGUUUGUCCAAGAAACAGUUUUUUGGUCUUUGAAUAUGCGAUCUCAGUAAAUAGUCUGUGUUUCGUCUCUCCAUGAAUGUUUUGAAUACCGUGAUGAUAAUUGUGUCUUUAAAAGAGGUUUCUGAAAAUCGGUCUGCGAAGGUGGAUAAAAGCGUAUUUGGGAAGAGUACUUAUCCUGUAUAAAAUGGUUCAGCGGUUUAAUAUCCUCUUCAGAAGUUUUGGAUUAAGGUCGCCUUGGUAACUCUUUUGGGGGAAAAGAAGUAAAAGUAGCAACUUUUUCGGUUUUAUAACGAUAUCAUGAAUUAUCAAAAUCUACCGAAGCCGAAGAGUGAGGCAGAUAACAGACACGAGACUGAUAAUUCAUAAUAUCAUGCAAAAAAAAAAAAAAAUUAUUUUAUCAUACAUUUUAAAAACAAUCUGCAAGUAAAGACACUUCUCUCUGAGUUAUAUGUUUAAGAUCACUACACGGACGAGGGGCUUGGAAACUAGGCUGACAUUGCACACGACAUGAUAACCGCAAUAACCUCAGAUAUUGGGUUCUUAUCUCGACUUCUCAUGCUUUUGAAUAUUUAUUGAAUGUUCAUGACCAAUCAGUUUUUCAUGGUAAGCCUAAUGUAUAAUAACAUCAAUAAAGGGUUUCCGUGUCUGUUUUUUACCCAGCUAUGUUGUAGGCGGUCCAGAUGUGGUUUCAACAAUGGAAGGGAGAGGUUCGUGUGGAGCCCAGGAAUCUAUUGAGGACGAUCCGUUCGUUGUCGCUGCAUCCAUGCAGGCCUUGGAUUCAACGAAUGGAAGAAAGAAAAACCUUGAUGCCACUAUCAAUUACGGAUACGAGCCUGAAGGUACAAAAAACAACGCCUGCCACUGUUUUAGCGUAUUCACAUGUCGCAUCAAAUUUAUAGAGUCACUAUUGUUCGUUUUCUGACCUUCGUAAACAAAGAAAAAAUUAGUGUUCACUAACGAUCAUCUUUUCCCGCUCUCGAUUCAAAAACAAGCAGAGAUACUUCUCAAGCCGGGGUCGCGUCAGGAGAAAAAUGGCCACGUUGUGCAAAGCAAAGAAGAACCUGAGUCAAACUCAGCUUACCCGGCCAAAGGACCACAAAGAGAUUUCAACACAUUUGCAACAAGCGUUGAACUUGUUCGAACUCCAAGGUAAGUAAACGCAUUCUUUGACGUAUUUUUUAAAUUAUGUUUUCGAUUACCUUUUUGAUAAAUUCAGAAAAAAAGUCUUAUGUAGUCAGUACUUAUUUUUAUAUCAAUCCUGAGGAGAAUUCAGAAAUAGCCAAACAAUCUUGAAUAUUUUCUCAUGUCUUCUCACCUCUCAACCUACACUUAUUUAAUCGAUAAAGUCUUGACGGCACUCGAGGUACAAGUGACAUGGUGAACGUAUCACUCGAGUACUCAACAACAAUAAUUAUAACAAUAUUUAUGGUAAUGAUAAUAGCCGGAUCGCCUGUAAACAAACUUUAGAUAGAGGAGCCAGUAUUUUAGCUUAGAAAUUUCCUAUUCAAACUCUUAUAAAUUUUAAGGAUUGGCAAAAACAAUUAAACAUGAAGAGUGUGAUGAUUAUUAAAAUAAAAUCCGAUGUAACAAAGUGGCAAGAAACUAUCGUGACGAAGUUCCUAUUUAGAACAUGAAUCCGGCCGAGGAUUUACCAAAGCUAUCCUCCAUAGUUCGUUUCUAUUAAUGAACUAAAAUACCAGAGUUUCAUACACUGGGGUCUUCCCUUAACGGAAGUUAUACAUAUAUGGACAUGUGUUAUGAAAAAAAAAAAUUAAACAUAACCUGGUGUCAGCAAGUCAUCAUGCUCAGAGGAGACUUACGGCUUACGACUUACGGGGAUAAAGAUUGCGCCGACGAUUAUCUUUCGAAGGGCUCUUACUACUAAUUUACUAAUUAUAAAACUAGUUAUUUUUUAGCUUAUUUUAUUUCCCUCUUUAUUUAAUGAAUCUUUAUUGUUUAGCUACUUAAACAAUUAUAAAUGUUUGUUUGAUUUUUAUAACCAGUUUUUUUUCUUUUCUUUCACGCAGUAGAAACACAACGGCCGUCGAGAAUCCUGUCUACGCAGCAGUGGACGAAAAAGAGUCUUCUUCUCAACCGAAGGCGUCAACCUUACCUUUGCCUUCCAAAAACCAAAACGGUUCCAUUAAAGGACCUCUUGAUCCAACGGUAUAUUAUGCUACGUCACAAAAGAAAAAGACAACCAAACAGCCUCGUCAAGGGCCACUUGAGUCAGCAAAUGCUGGUAUGGAUGCAACGGCACGCACACAUAUUUAGUAAAUAUUUUCAUUUCAACUCAUUGAGAUGUGUUCUUUUUUAUCCCAAGAAUCUCCACUGCACAACACUUCAGAGGAUAAACCUCAACAGGUGCCUUCGCUUGGAGAUCUAGAUCUGGAUGACCCUUCCAGCCUUCCAGCUAGCGAAAGACCACCAGAAAAACCUACCCCCAUAGCCAUGUUGCCAAGCAGGCAUACAGCCAACACCUUCCCAAGAAAUCUAAGUAAGAUUAGGGUUUUGUUUAACGCUCAGCAUAGUAUACUUAGUGUUCUUAUAAGGUAGUGCCUGAGCAACGGCAACAACAGCGUAUUCACUUGUUUAAGUCACUGGAAAAUUGAAAGCGUUUGAUUCCCGUCUAACAAUUGGAAUGGAAAGGCUUUAGCUUCGCAAGCUACAAAAGUCAGUCUGAGUGAUUUUUGGAUUCGUUGUUAUCAGAUUUUCAUCACGACCGUUUCCUAAUGCUAUUAUAAUGGUAUUUCACACAGAUAAAGGUUCACCCGGACCACCAGGAUUUUUUUAUAUACCUGUGAAUAGAAAGGCACGAGCUCAAACUUACGGAGCAGAUAUGCCACAUCAACCACCUCCGCCAGGACUCCCAAGAAAGGUAGAUGGACAUAAAAAAAUCACGUUUGUACCUAGUUUCCAACUCAGACGUGCGCGUUUUCAAAUAUUUAGGUUGGUUUUACUUUAGGAAAAGAUUUGCAUGUUUUAGAGCUUUAGAUUUUUUUUGAUAGUAAGUUUAUUUGUGUUUGUGAUUCAUAUUGUUCAUUCAUUGGGAUGUCCCCUUUUUCAAGAAAGACAGAAACAUUAGCAAUGAUAAAAAAAAUCCAUAACCAUAACAAGGAAAACAUGCCUUGAGCUUAUGCAAUUAGUCCCAAGAAAGCUAUGUACAAAAUAUAAUCAGGAGCAGAUCUAGAAGUCGCUAUUUAUACUUACGUCUUCUUUUGCUGUCUGUGGAGUGGGGUCCUGCGAUUGGCUACAAGUCGCUCAAGCGUUGUAGCUAUUUGGCAACAUCGGGUUCCAUUAAAAGUAUAAUAGGUUACCCUGUAAAUCUUUCUCUGUAAUUAACUUAAAAGAGCUACCCUUUUUUUUUCCAGCGCUAUGCAACCGUUGAUGGUCAAUUAAAGAGGCUAAACUCACAGGGUUCGGAAGAUUCUCGAAGCUCCGAGUCGACACAAAAGACACACGCCUCAAAACCGGAAGAACCGACGGAAUGUGAAUGCGACAUAAGUGGAGUGUCGAAUAUGAGUUAUGUUAGUUACCUGGUGUGAAGAACAUAGAAUUGUUAAGAUGCCACGUCAGUUCUAAUUCGUAAUGUGUAAAGAUUUGAAUCGAGAGCACAACAUGAAACUAAAGGACCUUGCACAAUAAAGGACCAUACGCAUGCGCUUUUGUUUUUGAAAACUCGUCAACACUACCGAAUCUUUUGGCUCCCUAACGAAAACAGAGACUUUUCUAGACGUAUUUUUUUUUUACAAAAUGCAACCGACAGAGGUUUAUUUGACUCAGAUAUCAAAAUAGUGUUUUGAUGCCAAGGAAGAAUCAAUAUGUUUUUAAGAAAAAAUUUGAGUCCUUUACUUUGAGCUUAGAUGUAAGAGUAUUAGGGAGCAUUUCAAAGCAUAAGCAUGGCAUUCCCAUCGAGCAUCUCGUUAACAGAUUAGGAGACUCUAUUUUAAUCGUUUGCGAAGAUGUUUAUAUGUUUCUCUAAAUUCGCUUACGAAGAUUGUCCCUUUGCUUAAAAAGCUCUCUACUGUACGUAUGCAUAUAUUUUUUUUAUUAAAUCGUGCAAACUGUAUAUUGUAGCUGAGUCAUUAGUAAGAAAUAAGAAAAUUGAAUAAUCGAAAAUGA